GUCCCGCCCGAGCCGGCGCUGACGGCCCCGGGCGCUCUCCCCUCUCCGCAGCGCUGCAUGGAGCGGCUGAGGAGCAGCCGGGCCAAGCUGCUGGACCGGUACCGCCAGGCCGGGGACGGGGCCUGUGGGGCGGCCCCGGGCGCGCUGCUGGUGCAGGAGGUGAUGGAGCAGGAGUGGCAGGAGCUGCGGGACAGGCUGCCCGGCCUCCGCGGAGAUCAGCCCAUGCAGCAGAUGCUGGAGGACCCUGAUGAGCUGGCAGUGCUGGAAGAGAUCCAACAAGAACUGAUCUUGCAAGAGCAGUCGGUUAUCGAGGAGUAUGAGCGGAGCCUGCGCUUCGAUGAGGAAUGUCUCAACGCCAUGCUCGACAGCCUGGAUGCCACUGACAGGGUCAUCUGCCCAGUAUGUAGGAAGAAUAACCUGACUGUGAAGGCUCACUUGGUUUGUUGCCAGUGUGGGUUGUACAUCAGCACACAGAACAUGACAGAAGGGAAGCUUCGGUCACUGCUGGAAAGCACUUUGACAGAGCACAGUCAGAGGUGCCUGCACAGCCCUGAGUUCACAGUCACCAGUGGCAUGGAGGAGGAAGCCAGUCUGCUCAUGAGCUGCUCGGUCUGUGACUCCUGGAUGAUUCUCCUCUAAGGUGACUCAACUGCUGCUUUACUUCUGGAAGAUUUCAAUACUAAACUUCACCCAGAGCUGCUAUGACUCUUGUGUACAUACUUCUAACUGCUGUGUCAGAAAGACACUUCAAAAGGCAGUGGUAUUGCCUUGACCUGCACUUUUUUAAUCACACAGGACAUUUUGAAAUAAAUAUAUUUCAUUUAUUUUGGCCUUGGUGUUGUCUUUAACACUGUAUCAGUGAUCUCACAGCUUAUGUUGGACUUCAGCUUUCUCUUUAAGUGAACUUUAAAUAAAUAAACUAACUUAAAUAAAAUUAAA